GACAAAAUUACGCUAACUUCACGGUGGUAAAAACAUCUUGAUCUUACGUCUGCUAACUCGAGUCCUGUCGAAUACUAGGAUUUCGAACAUUGUUAACCUCAAAUUUUCAUAUUUUAACAAAAUAUUAUUUUGUAAAAACUGAAGUCAAUUAAAAUUUUUUACUUUUAACUUUAUCUGAAGAGGGGUUCCAGGUUAUAAUAUGAAAGUUUUAGAACUAUUUAGUGGUAUUGGUGGAAUGCAUUAUGCUCUUAAAGCAUGUGGCAUAGAUGCAGAAGUGCUUGCUGUUGAGAUAAAUACAAUUGCCAACUCUGUUUAUCGUCACAACUUCCCGUCUGCAACACUGAAGCCUAAAAAUAUCAUGUCCCUGACUUCUGAGGAGAUAAAUAAAUUUGCUCCAGACAUAUUGUUAAUGAGUCCUCCAUGUCAACCAUUUACAAGAGUUGGUUUGAACAAGGAUUUAAAUGAUGCACGAACUGAUCCUCUGAAACAUAUUUUAUCAAUACUACCAGAACUUACAUCUUUGUCAUUCAUUCUGGUUGAGAACGUGAAAGGAUUUGAGGUAUCAGAAGCAAGGGAAAAGCUUUUGUCCUGUGUGGAAAAAGAAUUUGAAAUCCAGGAAUUUUUGAUUAGUCCUAUACAGAUAGGUGUACCCAACAUGAGAACUCGAUAUUAUUUGUUGGCAAAGCGUAAACCAUUAAAAUUCUGUUUCAAGACAUCUGACAUAAUGCAGGAACUUCCUGAGGAGGCCAAACCUUUACUAAACUCAUUGGAAGACUAUUUCCCAGAAGCUAAAUCGAUAGCUGACAUUCUGGAAACUGAUGAUACAGAAAGUGAAAUUUUCAAAGAAUUCCUUGUUCCCGACAAACUACUGAAAAGAGCUUGGGUAAUGGACAUUAUCACUAAAGAAUCAACAAGAUCCUGCUGUUUUACCAAGGCUUAUGGACACUAUGUAGAAGGCACUGGUUCUAUUUUUUGUCCCUAUGAUAAAUCCUCUAUCAACAGAGUGAUUGUGGACAACACUCGUGCAUCUUUAGAUAUUACAGAUCUCCGAGCACUUCGUUUGCGCUUCUUCACUCCACUAGAAGUCGGUCGUAUGAUGAAUUUCCCUGAGCGUUUCUUAUUUCCAUCUAGAAUCACUACAAAACAGAAGUUUAGAUUACUUGGUAAUAGCAUUAAUGUUAAAGUGGUGGCACUCCUUAUCAGAAUUAUGUUGUACAAUCCUGUAAGUUAGCAAAUAAAUAAAAAUGGCAUUAAAAA